UGUGACACUAAGGAGAUAUCCAUUUCACCCUAUAAGAAGCUAAGCCACCCUUGGGAAAUAGAGAAUGUCACAGGUCCCGGCCGUAGCCAUCUCGGCAGCGACUCCGGGUGUUUCGAGCGGGGUGGGUCUGGAAGUCCCUGAUUCGGCUUCGCCCCCCGAGAAACACGCGAGCGCGGGUACCUCACCACGUGGGGGGACAGCAUCUUCACCAUCUGGUGGGGUGAAACUGCGUAGCUGUGUUACGUGCCGGACUCGUAAAGUGCGAUGCGACAAAUUGUCACCGUGUUCGAACUGUCGUCGCGCAAAAAUCCCUUGCGUUUUCCCAAACUUGGAUAAGCCACCGCGAUGGGCUCGCCGGCUCGAGCGAAUCGCGAAUAGUGCUAAGGCGGCACAGGAAAGCGAUCCUAGCGUGAAUCAAGUAAUGGAUAGACUACGGAGUCUCGAGGGUCUUGUCAAGGAGUUGACUGGUCAGUUAGAACAGGCGAACGCUGGUGUCCGCGGCUCGCCUUCGGCCAACUCUCCCGAGCACCUGGGGCACGACCGGGAUGUUAGUCACCAAAUCGAGCCAGAGUUAUCAGUAGAGAAUAUGUCGAAGGUGCAGUCGUCGUUUGGUCGCUUGGUUCUCGGGGAUGCUGGCCAAAGCCGUUAUGUUAGUAGCGGUUUUUGGUCACGCGUCAAUGACGAGCUACAUGGCCUGAAAAUGGAUACAGAAGGCCUGGCUGGCGGGGACUAUGAUAGCUCUGGAGAUGAGGACUCCCCGGGAAAGACUCCCUCAACACAAGAGCUAGACAGGACACCUUCAGAACGCCAUGCGUUUCUCUUCCGGAAUAAUCUCAAUUCACCAUCGCAAGACCUGCGUGAAUUCCACCCCUUACCUUCUCAGAUUCCCUUCCUACUCAAUGUCUUCUCCGAAAAUGUUAACAUCAUGGUUCGCAUCGUUCACAUUCCUACUGUUUACAAGAUGGUACAGGAUGCUGGUAGUAACUUAUCAUCCUUAACACCGGCAAAUGAGGCUUUGAUGUUUGCGAUCUAUUAUGCCUCCGUAACUUCAAUGGAAGAAGAUGAUAUCAUAGCGAAUUUCGGUUCUACUAAGCCAGAGCUCAAUCUCAAAUAUCGUCUCGGCCUGGAAUACGCACUAGCAAAGGCAGACUUCCUUAACGUCCCAGAUAUAAUCCUUCUCCAAGCUUUCGUCAUAUUUUUAUUCCUACUUCGUCGCCAUGACAGCCCACGAUUCGUAUGGAUGAUGACAGGACUUGCCAUUAGGAUGGGACAAGCUCUUGGUUUACAACGCGACGGCAGCCGCUUCCCGAAUCUCACGCCAUACGAGGUCGAGAUGCGACGGAGAGUGUGGUGGGCACUAUGUGCCGUGGACGUGAGGGCUUCCGAAGACCAGGGCACGGAUCUUACCAUCACCCAAGGCAGCUUCGACACGAGAUUCCCCCUAAACAUCAACGAUUCCGAUAUUAAUCCCGAGACAAAGGAAACCCCCAAGGAGCGCGAAGGACUAACCGACAUGACAUUUUCCAUCGUAUUCUCAGGCCAAACUAGUGUAACGCAGAAACUGAUGGCCCUAAGCCUCAAAGACGGGACAUCGCGUCUAGACGAGCAGACGCGGCUCAUAAACGAAUUCUACGAACAGCUAAAACGAACAUACCUACAGUACUCCCACGACACCAGCAACAUCGGGUACUGGGUAACCGUAACCGUAACCCGCCUCCUCGUCGCAAAGAUGAGCUUAAUAAUCUACUUCCCCGUGCUCUUCUGCCCGCACGAGCACCCCUCAGACACAGAGUCCCUACGCGCGAAACUCUUCGUCGCAGCCGUCGAAGUCGCAGAGUACAACCACGCGCUGAACGCCGAGCUCGCCUGCCGCAACUGGCGCUGGAUCUUCCAGACCUACACCCACUGGUACGCCAUCGUCUACAUGCUCAUCGAGGCCUCCCGCCGCCCCUGGUCCCCUGCCGUCGAACGCGCUUGGGUCGCCCUCCACAGCCGCUGGCUUAUUCCCGCCCGCCAUGCUGACCCUGCUGCUAACCAGAACAUCCGCUUCUGGGUCCCCCUUCGCAAACUCUUGGCUAAGGCGCGCCGACACCGUGAUGAGGAGGUUCGCAGGUUGAGGAAUGAUGGCGAGGCUGCGCGCGUGUUGGAAAGGGUUGAUUGCGCUGCUCAGCAUCCGGCGAGUUCUGGCCCGUUUCCGGGUGCGGAUGGUGCGGAGAGUUUUCGCGAGAGAUGGAGGAGGUUGGUGGGGUUGGAGGGGCCGGGGGUGGGUGGGAUGGCGGGUUUUGCGCAGACGGCGGAAGCUGGCGCACUAGGUUUCGGUGCUGUUUCUCAGCAUGAUACGGGAAUAUUGGGAUUGCAGCAGGAUUUUGAAUCGUCUUAUCUUCAACACGGCAUUUCGCAAGACGGAGAAGUCGCAGUAAAGCAUAUCCCAAGCCAAACUAGUCCAGGACUGAACCUAACCAUGCCUACGGAGGCUCCUACUCAAAUCGAAGCAGGGCUGCAACAUGCUGGCUCGUCGUAUAGCCCCUUCGCAUCGGGACCCACGGAUUUAGGCCCGGGCUUUGGGGCUUGGCUGUGGGCCGAUGCUGACCCCUCAGUUGACGUGUUUGCGAAUAUUGAUGCUGGGGCUGCGGACUUCAAUAUGGAGCUAGACGGCGAGAUUGACUGGAAUAAUUGGAUCGAAUCGGCUAAGGGCAUGGAGUUAUCGGGAGAGCAACCGCCGGCGGACGGAUGGGCUUGAUUUAUGGCAUUUCUCCUUUUUUGGAUUGGGGGGGAGAGGGGUCACAAUGCGGGAUACCUAGAACAUGGGCUAGGUCCUCGACAUAAUUCCUCGCUAAUGGCAUGUAUAUGUUGCCUAGAUUAGGACUUUUUGGACUGCGACAAUGCGACGUGAAUCCAGGACGAGGACAUGAAGGUAUUUGUUCAUUUUUGCCUGGUUAUCUAGGUGCCUAGGUACUAAAGCGAUCUCGAACCCAGCCCUUCAACCUGUUCAAUCUAUGAUAUAUAGAAAUGAGCGCUCCCUCCCAUGUAUUGAAUAUAGCAUGUAUGACUA